AGGCACAUCUGCUGGGGUCACCUGGGGCAGCACCUAGAGGGUGAGAACCCCACUGCCCUUGGUAGGUGACCAUGACGUCAGCGGGCAGUGCAGGUGUCACCUCCCGCCACCUGGCACUCGCCAUGCGGACCGCGGGGGCGCCUCCUCCCGGCCCGGCCCUGAUGCUCUUGCUGCUGCUACUGGGGGACUCCCAGGGCCUCUUCCCCGAGGAACCGCCUCCGCUCAGCGUGGCCCCCAGGGACUACCUGAGCCACUACCCCGUGUUCGUGGGCGGGGGGCCUGGGCGCGCGAGCCCCGCGGAGGACACCGAAGACCUCAACAUCCAGCGCGUGCUGCGGGUCAACAGGACGCUGUUCAUCGGCGACAGGGACAACCUGUACAGGGUGGAGCUGGAGCCGCCCACGUCCACCGAGCUGCGGUACCAGCGGAAGCUGACCUGGCGCUCCAACCCCAGCGACAUAGACGUGUGUCGGAUGAAGGGCAAGCAGGAGGGCGAGUGUCGCAACUUCGUAAAGGUGCUGCUGCUCCGCGACGAGUCCACGCUCUUCGUGUGCGGCUCCAACGCCUUCAACCCCGUGUGCGCCAACUACAGUAUGGACACGCUGCAGCCUCUUGGGGACAACAUCAGUGGCAUGGCCCGCUGCCCAUAUGACCCCAAACAUGCCAAUGUCGCCCUCUUCUCAGAUGGGAUGCUCUUCACAGCCACUGUGACCGACUUCCUAGCCAUUGACGCUGUCAUCUACCGCAGCCUUGGGGACCGGCCCACCCUGCGCACCGUGAAGCACGACUCCAAGUGGUUCAAAGAGCCGUACUUCGUGCACGCGGUGGACUGGGGCAGCCACGUCUACUUCUUCUUCCGGGAGAUCGCCAUGGAGUUUAACUACCUGGAGAAGGUGGUGGUGGCCCGCGUGGCCCGCGUGUGCAAGAACGACGUGGGGGGCUCCCCGCGCGUGCUGGAGAAGCAGUGGACGUCCUUCCUGAAGGCGCGGCUCAACUGCUCGGUGCCCGGGGACUCCCACUUCUACUUCAACGUGCUGCAGGCCGUCACGGGCGUGGUCAGCCUGGGGGGCCGGCCCGUGGUCCUGGCCGUCUUCUCCACCCCCAGCAACAGCAUCCCCGGCUCGGCCGUCUGCGCCUUCGACAUGACCCAGGUGGCCGCCGUGUUUGAGGGCCGCUUUCGCGAGCAGAAGUCCCCCGAGUCCAUCUGGACACCAGUGCCCGAGGAUCAGGUGCCGCGGCCCCGGCCCGGGUGCUGCGCGGCCCCGGGCACGCAGUACAACGCGUCCAGCGCCCUGCCCGACGAGAUCCUCAGCUUCGUCAAGACCCACCCGCUGAUGGACGAGACGGUGCCCUCGCUGGGCCACGCACCCUGGAUCGUGCGGACCCUGAUGCGGCACCCGCUGACUCGCGUGGCUGUGGACGUGGGCGCUGGCCCCUGGGGCAACCAGACGGUGGUCUUCCUGGGCUCCGAGGUGGGUACUGUCCUCAAGUUCCUCGUCCGGCCCAGCACCAGGCUCUCGGGUCCUGCUGGGCCCAGCGUCUUCCUGGAGGAGUUUGAGACCUACCGGCCGGACAGGUGUGGACGGCCCGGCGGUGCUGAGACAGGGCAGCGGCUGCUGAGCCUGGAGCUGGACGCAGCCUCAGGUGGCCUGCUGGCGGCCUUUCCCCACUGCGUGGUCCGUGUACCUGUGGCCCGCUGCCAGCAGUUCUCGGGGUGCAUGAAGAACUGUGUCGGCAGCCAGGACCCCUACUGUGGGUGGACCCCUGAGGGCUCCUGCGUCUUCCUCAGCCCUGGCACCAGAGCCACCUUCGAGCAGGAUGUGUCCGGGGCCAGCACCUCAGGCUUAGGGGACUGCACAGGCCUCCUGCGAGCCAGCCUCUCGGAGGAGCGUGCCGGGCUGGUGUCCGUGAACCUGCUGGUGACCUCGUCGGUGGCGGCCUUCGUGGUGGGCGCCGUGGUGUCCGGCUUCAGCGUGGGCUGGUUCGUGGGCCUGCGCGAGCGGCGGGAUGUGCGCCACCUGUACAGCCCACCCCCACUGGGGCCCGAGGACCCUACCCUUGCAGGACCCGAAGCCCAGUCUGGGGACCAGUCGCCUGUGGUGAGCCAGGUCUGA